AUGAAGCCCAACUGGGAACCAUUUGUGAAAUCUACCGAAGAUGAUUGGACUGCUGUCCCAGACCCUGCUCAGCGAAAGCGGAUCCAGAACAGGCUGUCACAAAGAGCCAGGCGGUCACGGCUUGCGGGUAAACAGAAGCAAGCGGCACAGUAUGAGGUCAAUGAGGACGCAGGAGCCCUUGUGAGAAGAGAUGCAGGUUCUAGUCCUGGGCAGUCAUCUACAGAGGGCUCAAGCAUGGCUGUCACAGAAAUGUGGGAUGCAAGCCUCUUUCAUACCCAAUACACAUCUGAGCAGCCUACAAUGGACAGUCAUUACCUCAUCCUGACUGACCUGACCGCCGCCACCGCUCUAGCCGUCAUAGCCCAGCGCCUCGACCUCGAAUGUAGGCCGUUGCCAGGGUUCAACAUCAAAGCCCUAACCGACAGCCUUCCAUCUGCCAUAGCACCCACUCAAUUACAAAAGAGCGUCCCUCACCUAUCAUACCUAGACAUGCUGCCCUGGGCAUCAUUGCGGGACAAACUACUCAAGUCCCUCUCCAUUAUUAACGAAGAAGAGUUUGCGCGUGAUAUGCAAUAUGGAAGCUUGAAGUGGGAUACUCCAGACGACUAA